AUGGCUACUGUUAUUUUACCAGAUAAUGACUUUCAUACAAAUGUCGACGAUCAGUAUCCUGAAAUUUUCUGUCUAAUCUGGCUCGAUGCUGGCGCAAACGCUGAAGAUGUUCGAGAUACAGAACAAAAACUACGUUCUAUCAUUAAUUGUCUGAAGAAGUUUCAAGAUUUAAAACAAUGUCAAAAAUAUAUUGAAGAACGAUCACAAAAUGAACGGGUAGUCAUGAUUGUCAGUGGAUCCUUGGGACGAGAAAUAGUUCCUUCUAUUCACAAACUUCGACAAGUUAUAUCGAUCUAUGUGUACUGCAUGGAUAAAGAAAGUAACAAAAAGUGGGCUGCCAAAUUUGCAAAAAUAAAAGCUGUUGUUGUUAAACUUGACGAACUUAUCGCUCGAAUUAAAGAUGAUCAUAAAAUUCAGAAAAUGGUCGAAGAACCAUUAUCAAUUAAUAUUUUUACUACAACUACUGGUCCAGUACCACUACGUGCAAGUUCCACUGAUAUUCAACCCAAUGCAAAAUGGGCACAAAAUGGUGUCACUGUGGCUGGAGGAAAUGGAUCAGGUAGUGGAAUUAAUCAACUCUCUCUCCCAUGGGGUUUGUACGUCGGGGAUGAUCAAACAAUUUAUGUCGCUGAUACUUCAAAUUCCCGUAUUCUGGAAUGGAAAUAUAGUGCAACGAAUGGAAAAGUGGUUGCUGGUGGAAAUGGAGAGGGAAAUGGAGCUCAUCAGUUAAACAGCCCACGAGAUGUGAUUAUCGACAAAGACAGCGAUAGUCUCAUCAUUAGUGAUCGGGGAAAUAAUAGAGUAGUUCGAUGGCCUCGUCGAAAUGGUACUAGUGGAGAAAUUAUCUUUUCGAAUAUCGCUUACGUCGGUUUGACAAUGGACGAAAAUGGAUCUCUCUAUGUCGUUGACGAAGGAAAACAUGAAGUGAGACGAUAUAAAACUGGUGACACUCAAGAAAUAGUGGUUGCAGGUGGCAAUGGAAAAGGAAAUUGUCUCGAUAAACUGUCCAAUAUCCUCUACGUAUUUGUCGACCGAGACCAUUCAGUGUAUGUGUCUGAUUGUGGAAAUCAUCGGGUAAUGAAAUGGGAGGAAGGUGCAAAACAAGGCAUUGUUGUAGCCGGUGGUCAAGGAUAUGGAAAUAGUCUUACCCAAUUGUCAUAUCCUUAUGGAGUCGUUGUCGAUCAAUUGGGUACUGUCUAUGUGGCUGAUUAUUGGAAUGAUCGAGUCAUGCGUUGGUCCAAAGGAGCCACACAGGGAAGUGUCAUUGCUGGUGGCAACGGUUCAGGAUCACAGUCGAAUCAACUCAAUCGUCCCAUAGGUUUAUCAUUCGAUCGAUACGGCAAUCUCUAUGUCGUCGAUCAGUACAAUCAUCGAAUACAAAAAUUUAGUAUCGAAUAA